UGAUAGUCCUCUUGUCAGUUGUCAGUCGCACUCUCCGUCUCCGACUCUUUUACUUGCUGUCUAAUGUCUAUCACUGUCACAGCCAAGGAACGCAGACUGCACGGAGCCCAGUUCUCCGCUCGUUAAAUCGUAGCCGGAGCUCUCUCUUUCGUUAGCCCUCACUAGGGUUUUCAGUCGAGGCGAGGGAAAGAGGAACCCAAAAAGGGGAAAGAAUGGAAGGCGUGGGGUCUCGGCUCGGCCGCGCGUCGUCUCGGUACGGCCCGUCAGCUACGGCGAACGUGUUCAACGGUCCGGUGAGGAAGUGGAAGAAGAAGUGGGUCCACGUUUCUCCACCUCCGGCCGCUAAUAAUGCCAGCUCGCGCGCUCACUCCAACGGCCAUCACCUCCACAGCGCCGCGAUGAGCAACAGCAGCAAUAGCGACAGCUCUCGCCUCUUGCUGUGUCGAUGGACCCCUCUCGCCGCCGGAGGAGGCGCAGGCGAUGAUUCUUCCGCCGCGGACGAGCCUCCAAAGCGGAGAAUCCGCUACACUCCGAUUGCAGCGCUGGAGGAGAGGACGAAGGCAGCGAAGAGCGUUGAUGUUGAAGUCAAAGAAGAUCAGAUUACUGAAUCCAAGGCUUCCGAGGAUGACGAGCCGGAGGAUGAUGAUGAGACUAUGAAGGAAGAGACACAGGAUCCGGACAAUGGUGGUACGCUGGACCUGGGGCUGUGCCUGAAAGGCGAAGACAAUGAGAACAAUGAGUCCCCCAACCAGCACAAGGAGGAAGCAAUGGAGGAAGCGAAUUCAAGCAGGGCAUGGGCGUUUGGUUAAGCACCAGGAAGCUGGGGAUGCCAUUUCAGAAGGUAGUGAGGGAUCAAUUAUGGCAGUAGCAGUAGUAAUAGUCUCAUCAGUAGGAGAAGACUCAGAGACCCAUGAUUGUAUCGUAUUGUAUAUGGCUUGUAGUUCUGUGUUACCAACCUGCCUAGGCAGAAACUGGUUGUAGUUCGUCAUUGUCUAUGUUGUUUGGUGUUAGUAUGUAUCCGUCCAAGGUCUCGAGACAUAAGGUCUCGAGACAUACAUUCACUGAUCCCUAU